GGUGAUCCUGGAAUUCCUAGAGUAGUGAUAGGCCAAAACCCAUCAAUGAUAGCACCUCCACUACACACUUCCGUCCCUGUUUCUGGCUUAUGAGCUGCUGAAUAUUUUGUGUCUGUCCCAUCGGAGAAAAACAAACAGUUUUACAUAGUGGACCAGAACAGGUUUCAGCAGGAGCCAGUGAGAGCCAGCUGGGGGAAGCCUGAGCGAGCCAGAGCGAACGUGACUGUCCGCAGGAACAAUGCCAAUCGCCCUCUGAGUGACACUGGCAGCCCAUCAAACCGCUCAUCAUGAACAGUGAGGAGGAGUUCUAUGACGCGGAGACAGGAUUGGAAUCGGACGACUCCUGUGAGGUCAGCUUUAAAGACGCGCUCGUCUACGAGGGCAAACAGACCUCCAAUGGCAGCGCACACUCACAGAAUGGGCUGUGGGAGAGGAGGAUGACUCUCCCAGCACCUAUGUUUCCCAGGAAUAACUUCAGUGUUUGGGGCUUCCUGAAGAAGUGCAUUGGCAUGGAACUGUCAAAGAUCCCGAUGCCCAUCAUUUUUAACGAGCCGCUGAGCUUUCUGCAGCGUCUCUCCGAGUACAUGGAGCACACAUACCUCAUCCACAAGGCUUGCACUUUGUCCGACUCCAUAGACCGCAUGCAGCUGGUAGCUGCCUUCGCGGUCUCAGCAGUGGCAUCUCAGUGGGAUAGAACUGGAAAGCCCUUCAACCCCUUACUGGGAGAGACCUACGAACUUGUAAGGGAGGACGAAGGGUACCGUCUGAUUUCCGAGCAGGUCAGCCACCACCCCCCCAUCAGUGCCUUCCACGCCCAGUCUCUCAACCAGGACUUCGAGUUCCACGGAUCCAUCUACCCCAAGCUCAAGUUCUGGGGCAAGAGCGUGGAGGCUGAGCCCAAAGGCACCAUGACUUUAGAGCUGCUCAAACAUAGGGAGGUGUACACUUGGACAAACCCCUUCUGCUGUGUGCAUAAUGUCAUUCUGGGGAAACUCUGGAUCGAGCAGUACGGUACUGUUGAGAUAGUGAACCAUAGCACUGGGGAUAAAUGUAUUCUGAACUUCAAGCCAUGUGGCAUGUUUGGGAAAGAACUGCAUAAAGUGGAAGGACACAUCCAGGAUAAGAGUAAGAAGAAGCGACGGAUGUUAUAUGGCAAAUGGACAGAGUGUUUAUACGGUGUGGAGCCCAAAGUGUACGAGGCCAACAAGAAAUCAGAGAAGAAAUCCGAUGCCAAGAAACACAAACAGGUGGAGGAGCAGAGUGCCGGAGGUGACGAUGCUGAUGACAUGCCCGAGGCGCAGGAGACUGUCACCAUGAUCCCAGGAAGUACCCUGCUGUGGAGGAUCACACCACGACCUGCACACUCAACUCAGAUGUACAACUUCACCAAUUUCACCAUGUCUCUAAAUGAGCUGGAACCUGGCAUGGAAAAGGUGCUGGCACCUACCGACUGUCGUCUUCGCCCCGACGUCAGAGCCAUGGAGAAUGGAGACAUGGACACUGCAAGUACAGAGAAGGAGAGGCUGGAAGAGAAACAGAGGUCGUCACGAAAGGAUCGGGCAAAAGAUGAAGAGGAAUGGUCUAACAGGUGGUUCCACCAGGGCACCAACCCCCACACCGGUGCCCAGGACUGGCUCUACAUUGGUGGUUACUUCGACAGGAAGUUUACAGACUGCGCGGACAUCUUCUGAUAGGCUAAGGAGAGAGAGAGGGAUAUGAUGGGCUUAUUUGACGCUCUCUCUCUCGCUUACUGGACUCAUAUCAUAGCCCCUCUGCUUUAACCUCUCCCUACACAAUCUAGGUAGUUUUUGAAAUAAUCCGUUAGAAUGUGAGAUUGAAAUUAACGGUUUACUGAACUGACAGAACCUCUCAUCUCCUUCAAGUGAAUCUUGAAUUGAAACCUGGAAACUCAAUCUUUUUGUUCUUUAGUUCUAUUUUAUUUUUUUUGUUUUGUUUUGUUUUUUUGACUGCGGUUUUAUACUAAGGGGUGAUGUUCUUUGGUUUAUUUGCCAUUUGUGAUUGUCGAUGAUGACCAUGCUAAAAUCCCCUGCAGCACUUUCUCGCUCUCGUGGCACUUGCUUCAGUCAGGUGCUCAUUUUAUUGGAUGCAGGUUGUCACUGAAAGCAUAGCUGUCAUCGGUAAGAGCAGAACAGGAUGAAAUCCUCUCUAAUACUGUGAUGUUUUGGUAUUCGGGACUUCUAAACACUUUCAAACCAGGUUUCAGUCAUUGAGAAGAAAAACAAACUAUGAUAUUUAUGAGAGAAUCGUGAAUUUAUUUAAACUUUCAAACAAAGGCUAAUAUUUGUAUCAUAUGUAUGGUAUGUAAUACCAUUUUUUCCACUAACCUGACCUCUGUGAUGGUAGACUUUGAGAAUGAUGUCCAUGCUGUCGGCAAGGAAGGCUCACAACAAUUGUGUGGAAUUCAGUUAAAGCAUUUGUAUCACUUACACCACUACAGCUGAGUGAUAUUUACCUGAGAAAUGGCUUGACGGAGAUCUAGCCAAGGUGGGAUGGUAUCUCGCCAUAAGCUUGUUCCACAUAGGCAUGGCUUGUAAGAGGGUUGCUGUAUACUUUUCUCAACAGCUAGAAGUAAUAAGAGGGAUGGGAGGAUGGUCUCAGGCCACAUUCAAACCUAAUCUCAGUGACUUUGAGAGGGUUGACCUCUGCCAAUAUUAAACCAUGUAUGCACAUCAUAGUCAUAUGCAUGCCUAAUUAUGUUACAGAUCUUUUUCUUUUUUUUUUUGUUUCAGAAAUAAGAAAGCUGCUUCUAAUGAUGUUUACUUCCUCCGUAAAGUUAAACAGUGGAUUUAUAUAUGAUUACGAUGAACUAAUUAACAUUUAAUAUUUGAAGAGCUUACACCAGUGUGUUUUUGUGGUUGCCAAAGCAGUUAGAAUCUAAAGCCAUAGAACUUAAGAACUUUUUGGAGGGUGAUUUAUUUUUCUCUUAAGUGGCAUAGACGUGGGUGCUGCCUUGGCAUGCCGUUUGACUGUGUGAGCACUGAAUGUGAGAUUGCUUUCAACACCGCACAGAAAACACACAAACAUGCACAUGGCACCCGCCAUUUUUUUAUUUAAUUCUGCACAGAAUUAACAGAGAGAGAGGGGUAUGUAACCUAUACGUUUCCUUUUUUCAGUUAUUGCUAAGAAAUGACCACAAUCGUCUUUCUCAACAACAAAAAUCUCAGAUACUGUGCUUUCAAGGAAAAGUCAGAGAAAGAAAAUCUAUGCAAACAUCUUUCAGAAUGUCUCGUCUGUUUUAGCUGUCUACUGUACGUUUUUAGAGGAUCUAGUCUGAAAGAAUGUGACUUCACAUGUACAGUCCUUUUAGUUGGCCUUAUGCAAGUGCGAGGUCUUGAACUUUGUUGGCUUGUUGCACUGUGCCACAGCAACUGUGUGCACUUUGCAUGGGCCUAAAAUUAGGGCUGGAGUAUGAUUUAAAGUCAGAUGCAGGGGAGAGGGCAUGCCGGACUUAAACUGAGCUUACGGUUCCCUUGGUCAAAAUAACAACUUGUUGAAAGUUAGAUUGUAAAUCAAGGUGUUUCACCGCUUCCACUGUGUAAUGACUUCCCAUACUGUCCAUGUAGAGUAGGAAGAGUAAUGUUAAUUCAUAUAUGACCUAUACAUAACACCCUUUGUGGCAUGUCCAGAGUAGAAAGGCGUGUAAGAAAGUCAUUGACAGAGUUAUGGUCAUGGCUUUUACCUUUUAGCGUCAUCUAUUUUAGCAAAUCAUUCACUGGAUCCCCAACUGAGAAUGACACACGAUGAAUGUCACUCCCCUCACCAAAUUAUGUGGUGUCAUAUUUUUUACGUGUGUGUAGUAAUGUCAUUCAGCCAGUGUACAGGUAGUAACAUAUUUGCCACAUAAUGUAGACUGAGUGCAGUGUAGAAACAAGAUAAGCAUUUAGACACCCAGGUUAAUUCUUUGGCCAUUAGACAUGGUUCAGAUGUUUAAAGUGCCAUUACAUCUGCACAGUGAUGCUAAGUGCAUCGCACCUCAGUCUUGUAGAUGUUGUAAACCACUUAUUCAUGCUUUAUAAAAUUGCACUUGAUGUUCUCUGUGACUUGUUUUGUCUCUUCAAACUACAAUUGUACAGAUUAUGUGAAUAGUCUACAAAUGGGAGUAGAAACACGCUUAAUAGUCUCAUGUAAUGGAACUCUGGUCAUUUGUAAACUAGCAAUAUUAAAGUAAAUAAGAUGCCACCAUUAAAAGAUAACAUUUUAAUUCUAA